GUUUUUCCAUUUUCCAUUUUUUUGCUUUGAUUUUGUUUUUCUCUCUCUCCUUUAAUCUUUGAUUUAUUUAAUUUUUCUUUCUUAAUUGUUGUUACCUUCUCAAUUAUCAAUAACCAUGGUUAAAGAGACUCUGUCAUUAUCUAGAUUUAUUCUUAGAAGUCAAGUGAUGGACCUUUAUCGAGAUUUUCUCCGAACAAUUAACCCAAUUAACGAUAUUAAAAGUAAGAAUGAAUUGAAACAAUGGAUUCGCCAAGAUUUCCAACUGAACAAGAGUGUAAAAGAUGAGGAAGUGAUCAGAAUGCAUUUAUCUCGAGGUAGAUUGGCUUUGAGAGAGUUACAAGUUUCCAUUUCAAUGCCUGCGUCCAGUGGAUUCAAGAAAUUUCAAAUUAACAAUAAGGAUAUGAAAAGUUGAUUAACUGUGAUUGUUAACAAACAUUCAAUAAGUAAUAUUUAUGUAGAUAAAUAUUAAUUUAUUACUUGGAUAUAAUUUAAUUUUCUCCUUUAACUGGAUGGAUUCUCAAUGGACAAAAUGUUGUGUAAUAUUUGUAAGAUACAAAUGAGAUAAACUCUGUAUCUUGAUAGAUGAUGGUGAUAACAAUUAUCGGUGUCCGAUUAAUCAAAGAUUAUAACAUUUGAAUAGACGAGGAUAGAAGAUCAUUUGUCCAACAAAUUAAACAUCAACAAUUAGUUAAGUCAAACAUGAAGAUCGUAAAGAAAAACGCUAAGAACGAAAUGAUAUUCUUGGAUCAAGUCGAUUGUUUCGUAAGAAUUCAAGUUUCCAAUAAACUUGAGGCCAUUUCUUUUAUCGUCAUCGAAUUGAUAGUGAACCCGUAAAACACUUGGUAAUUUGAUCCAUGAUUAAAUUGUUAAAUGAAUUAACGAAAUGACCAGUUCUUCAUGAUCAUUGGGUUCAAACUUUCACUUUUUCUUUUUCUUUUUCUGCUUUCACUUGGAUGGGUCAAGUGUGAACCUUUUUGUCGUACAACAAUUAACCAGUGGGAGAAAUUAUUUUAUAAGUAUCAAUUAAAUGUGUGUGUGUGU